AUGCCGAACUUCUACGAGCUCAUAUCGAGUGUUGGGUUGUACAUUGCUCCAUUCUUUCCGUUAGUACUUGGAGCUCGCCGUUCCGAGAAAAUGGUGAUGGAGAAAACGACCGAGUCGAUGAAUAUGAAAAACGUAGCGUCGAUGACAGUGAUCAGCAGCUUAGUGUUGCUUGGGCUGUAUGUUAUCAUCAAAUUUAUCUCAGCGGAUUACCUGCAAUAUCUUUUGACGUGUUACUUCAUGUUCAUUGGGUCUGUUGGUGUAUCCGAACUCUUCCAAUUCAUCUUCCAGAAGUACGCGUCGCCGGAGAAAUUCGGCAUAACGAUUCCAAUCAUCAAUUACAAAUUCGAAACGUCGAAAUCGGAGAUCUUAGGAAUGGCCGUUGGCUUUGUCUUCUCAUUACUCUGGGCAGUCACAAAGCAUUGGACCUUCAAUAACUUCCUCGCGUUCUGUUUGACUAUUGUGGCGAUCGGAGAAAUCACUACGCCGUCGUUCAAGAUCGCGUCGAUCAUGUUAAUUGCGUUGUUUGUCUACGACAUCUUCUGGGUGUUUGGGAGUGAGGUGAUGUUGACUGUUGCCACGAACGUCGAUGGCCCCAUCAAAUUUAUAUUUCCGAAGGAUGGGCAUUUCAUUUUCACCGACAAAGUGUCAUUACUUGGACUUGGCGAUGUUGCGAUACCGGGGUUAUAUAUUGCGCUGAUGAAACGCAUUGACACUGCCUUUAAUAAUGGGUCGAAGUAUUUCCAUGUAUCGAUAUUAUCAUAUUACAUUGGACUUUUGACGACAUUUGUAGUGAUGCAUGUGUUUAAACAUGGGCAACCAGCUUUAUUAUAUUUAGUUCCCGCCCUUCUGAUUGGCACGACAAUAUAUACCCUCAUCAGAGGAGAAAUGGCUAAGGUGUUUGAAUAUCAUGACCCCGUCGAUGAAGAAGAGGAAAGUUCAUCAGAAGAGGAGAAUGAAAAUAAUGAAGAAGGAGAAGAACAGGAAGAAAAAGAGAAACAAAAAGAAGACUAA